AUUAAGAGUUAUUAUUUUGUAACGGAGCUCCAGUAAUUGCGCAAUUAAAGAUACUAUUUUGAGCUGGAGAUGAACGUUAUCAUUUGAGCAGAAAAACAGUAUUAUUUUAAUAAACUAUUUUCUAGCUUCAAGGAGGGAAAAUAAUAGUAAUUUGUGGAAAAACGUAGCCUUUCCCAAUAUCAAAAUGAUUGCUAAGUUGACGAUGAUUAUCAAUAAUAAGUAACCUUUUACUGGUUUAUUACAGAAUAGUAAUCAGCUAGAAAAUGUUCCUUUUCAAGGGUCAGUAUUGUUAACUCUUUCAAUAGUCCUCCAGCUCACCUCACAGGCUGAAUAAAAAUAUUCACAUCUCAGAUCGUAACUAAAACAAGAGUAUUAGUCUUCAAUAAUAUCAGUCAUAUAGGUUCUCAACAAAGGUUUUAGUGAUGGAGGUGGCCAGUUUCUUAGGAAAAUACAAUGAUUUGAUGUGCUACAAGAAUAAAGAGCCCUACAACUCCCUUCCAGUAAUAUUCUAUGCAGUGAUAUUCGUUUACAUAGAGUACGACAUGUUUGUUGCUCUAGCUAUUGAGCCAAAAACAUUGGAGAAUACAGUUCUUACUGUUCUUGACGCUGUGAUGAUAUCAAUAUUGUUUUGCUAUUCAGUGAUUCGUAAUAUAAAUAAUGCUGACGUCAGAAAUCUGAUGGAUCUAGUGGAGGGUGAAUUCCCAUUCAAUCGCCGUGAUAUGGUGCUCGCAAAUCGACUAGCAUUAUUGGAGGAGAUCGAGCAAUUCUAUGAGAGCAAGAGAAAAUACAUGAGAAGCAUGGCGAACAAUUUGGCAUGCAUCUUUUUUGUGUAUGGAUUCUUAGUGAACAACAGGAAUGUGUUCAACUAUUUGACAGGAAUUAUUAACAAUGAUGACUCGAACGUGUGGCCUACUCCCUAUGUCUCACACUGUCCAUCGCUCCUCAGAUCUCCUGUAUUUUUCUUGUACACUUACUUUUUGCACACCAUACUCAUGUCUAUAUUUAUGAUGGAGGCUCUCUUUGUUAUAAUGCUGGUAUUUCUAUCGACUGAGACAAUAAUUUCGGACUUUGGAACGCUUCACAUACUUUUGGGCCACCUGACCAACAACUAUCCGGACCUAAUCAAGCAAAACUGUAUUGCACAGUCAUCAAGUCUCAGAAAAGACAUGUCACGUAUUAUCCAAUUCCAUCAGACCAUGAUUAAAAAUUUUGAAGUAUGCAUUAAAGGCUCGGGACUCAUGAUUUCGGUUGUCAAUUUGGUAAUCAUGCUUUACUGCUGUUCAAUUGCUUACCUCAUGUUAACGACCACAGAUUUGAAGAAGAGAUUGAACUUUGCAAUGUCAUUUCUUCUAGUGACCUUAACAAUAUUCUCUAUCUAUCAGAACGGACAACGCAUCUACAAUCAGAAUGACAUAUUACGGCAAAACCUAGCAGAGCUUCCUUGGACUGAUAAGCCACAAUGGUUCAAGCAAUGUUUGCUGAUGAUGAUGACUCGGGCUAACAUCGACAUGAAGAUGUCACCCUACAGAAUCUACAACCUCAACUAUGUCUCAUUCAAAGAUUGGGUUAAAUUUGUCUUCUCAACUGGAAAUAUUCUUUACACAAAAAAGUUGUCCUCUCAAGCAUGAGAGAGCUUAGGGAUGAAGACCGGCAGAUGUGGAUUGGUCACCCAUCGAAGCGGAGUUCGGAGCAUUCGUGACA